UUUUUUUGAGUUUCCUGGUCUUCAGCCCCGCCUCGCCACGAUCUGACCGGACGGGAGGAAACACUUGAGUUAAAGAACAAAAGCAGCCACGGACCGGCCGAAGUGUCCAAACUAUUGUCAUAAACAGAGCUCUAUCCAGCCAUUCGGGGGUUCGGGCCUUCUGUGACAGGAAGUGGCCUAUUACUCAACUCUUCAGGAAGGCGACGAACUUGUAUGUUGGUUUCUCAAACAUAAUCCGCUGAAGUGCUCAUUACAGGCAAGGGUCAAACAUACGGUCAGACGGUAUUGUUUCCGUUGUGUUCCCUCAACCGUCGCCUCCGAGCUCAGAGUAUGGAAUAGCAGAUCUACUUUUGUCCCAUCCUGGCCUUCUUUCAACCAAGACAGGGGUUGGUCUGGUGUCUGGAUAUACAUUUUUUUGGACUGGAGUCUUGGAGAUCGGCAGCCCAUCAGAGAAAGGGUCAAACGGCAACCAUCGAUAUCCUAGAUGGAAGUCUACAGUGAAAUAAAGGGCAAUGCGGCACAACCAGUGGAUCUGAAAUCCCCUUUGAAAGCCAAAGGGAUGGGGUGCAACUUAGAAGGAAAUGACAAAGCAAAGCGUGAUUCUCACAAUAAAAGUAGCAGUGAGAAAAGCGGUAUGGCUAGUUUUACCACUAAUACUAAUUCAGUAGUCUGUCUACCACUUGUGUCUGAAGGAUUAAAGUUGGUUUGGACACAGUCUGAUCAGACCAGCGAACUUGACUCUAUUCCAGAACUGGUUCAGGCCUUUAAUUUAUUUCCAUACCCAUCAUCUCAUGAGGUUAACCUUUUAGCCAAAGUUUGUGUCCUACCACUGGAUAAAGUGAAAGUGUGGUUCAUGGUACAAAGAAUUAAAUAUGGCAUCAGCUGGUCUUCUGAGGAAAUUGAGGAAACGCGCAGAAAACUGUCUGUGCCGGAACUUUACGAUUCAUCUGAAACACACGAGAAAAAGCUCGAGAUAAAUAACAAGGAGAAGAAAUCCAAUGACACUGUGGUUAAGGGCACAGUGGAGGAGUCAUCAUUACUUGCUGCCCCAAAAAAGAAAUCAAGAUGUGAGUCACCAGAUUCCUAUAAACCAGCAAAACAUACUCCUCCCUGCUUCAGUUCGAGUCUUCCACCCCCACAAGAUUCAUACUAUUAUCGCUUACCAGCAGAUAAGCAAGAACCUCAGUCAGACUCCACCCUCAAUAUUACAGAGACACAUUCUCAACAAAAUCGUCACAGCCGUUACAGAAAAUCUAAAUCCCAGCUUGCAGCCCUUCGCAAGAGCUUUCUAAGAGAGAACUGGCCAUCAGAAGGCGAAUUAAGACGUUUGCAGGAGGAAACUGGGCUGAGUCGUAAUGACAUACGUAAAUGGUUCAGUGACAGCCGUUACCAGCUUAGAGUUGGCCGAGGAAGUUUGGCAGCUGCACAGGGCUUUUCUCCCAACUCUGCUGUUGGUUUGAAAUCAGAUAACAUUAAUCAAAAUCUCCCAUUUGUUUCUCAAAAGCAUCAUGGGCCAACUGAUGCGAGUGAUUAUGAGGAACCUCAAAGCAAUUCGGAUUUCUUUCAAAAUUUUUUGUCCAAUAGCUUAGAAGCUUUUAGGGACAGGCCAGAAGUGUAUGAUUCAGAAGAGCUUUCGAGAGAUAGUGAAGACUGCAUUAAAGAUGAACAAGAACAGCCUUUGCAACUUACUAAACAAUGCAAGACUGAGACUGAUCCCUUACAGGAACCAAGCAAUUUAAAAUCGUCACCCAAAUCUCCCCCCUCUGACAGCCCACUACAGACAUUCUCACCGGUCAAACGACUUUCAAACGGCAUCACCACAUCAAAGAAGUCAGUCCACUCAACUAAAGCCAGCCCUUCACAAACACUUACGAAUUCUUCUUCUAUAUCCCCCAGCCUCACUCCUGCUGGGCGACCACGCAAGACUAAGGAACAGUUGGACAUGUUGAAGCAAUACUUUUUACGCUGUCAGUGGCCCAAAGGUGAAGAUUACACUGAACUGGUCAAACUGACAGGUUUGCCCCGCGCUGAUGUAAUUCAGUGGUUUGGGGAUACACGAUAUGCUGUAAAAAAUGGCCAGCUACGCUGGGUAAAGGGAGUACGAGACCAACUAUUAGCUGAAAUUAGUUCCCAGCAGAAUGUUGUGAAUGGUUCAUCACCACGGAUUGGGGGCAGCCGCAAACAAAAAUCUGCAUCCCCUGACAUCCAGCCUUUGGUAACCUAUUAUCAUACAACAGGCUUACUACAAGAAAAAGACCUUGACUCACUAUGCAAGAAAUCAAAAAUGAGCUACCAGCAAGUCCGAGACUGGUUUGCAGCUCAGGAUUCACUGGACCAAACUGUUGCCAUGGACACUAACUAAAUAUAUUUUUGAACAAUUAACAGAGGACGCCACUGUGAAGUCUUACAUUGUGUGUGUAUUGCCUUAAUAAAGGCAUAAUUCAAGUCUUCCCAAUGCAGGCCUAAUCUUAUUAUCAGCCCCCACCAAUACUUGAUUCUAUAUAUUUUCUCAAAACUGUUUUUACACUGGUUUACAAUUUUUAGAUGAUCAGUUACAUAGUUGUAUGAUGUAGCGAAAUAAUGUAAGGUAUAACAUGUCUGUCAGCAUGUAAAGCAUUUUGCAUUAUGCCUUAGCCAUUGGUAUCAGCAUUAGCUCUAGUCAAUAAAUCUAUUAGUGAAAGCACACUUGACUUUAAAUUGACAUCUUGCACUUUGAGAGCAUGCUGCUAAUUAUAUAUUAAGAAAAUAAGAAGCAUAGUAUCAAUUCCUGUGCAUGUUACACUGCUGUAGUUUCAACUGUAUUGUUUUUAUUAAUUGUAUUUUCAUUUGCUCACUUUAGUGUUUUUUUUUUUUUUUUAUUAUUUGAAAACUUUCCAGUUUAUGAGCCUAUGUGACACCAGAUUGUUUGGUUUGUCUUCAUUCUGUAUCUACAAUACAAAAAAAUCUGUUCACACUGUAUAUUUUCUAUUGUUUAAAUUAAAGACAUUUCAGUUUCAAACAA